AUAUAUACGUUUUUUGAUAUUAAUCCAAAAAUUGAAGCAACAAUAAAUAAAAUAUAUAAUGAAUAUUUGGAGCUUGAUACAGAUGGAAAACCAAAAUUAGGUAUUCAUCUCAACAAAUUUUUAGAAUUAACAAAAUUAUCACAACAAUAUAUAAAUAUAAUUGAUGAAAUUAAAAGUCGAUUUCCAAUGAUUAGAUUAUUGAAUGCUAUGCAAAUUUUAAAUUCAAAUGAAUGGCCAAAAGAUAAAAACAAAUUAACAAAUUAUGGAACAUUAGAAUUAGAACAAUUAAUUGAGUUCUAUAAAAAACCAUAUUUACCAAAUUAUCCAAAUAGAAUAAUUGAAGCAGAUAGUUUAAGACAAGAAUGGAAUUUGUUUAAAGAA